GAAGGUACACCUCGCAUCACUUCUUGCAGGAGUUCUUGCAGAAGGGCUGGCCGUUUUGAAUGUCAUUAGACCUGGGAAGCUGAUAUAACUUGGUGCAUUUUGUGUGGAGGAAAUGAUCAGGAUGGUAAACUUUAAAUAGUGUUUUUCGACUGCGACUUUUUGCAUUGCUGUUUUUGAUUGCUUUUUUUCCCUCUCUCCCUGUGAAAUACUUUUAUCCAGUACUGUACCAUCUGUAUAAAAACAUUAGCAUAUUUUUCUCGGGCGGGUUUGAAGACUUUUUCUCCUAUUGGAGAGGAGUUUUGCCCGAAAACUUGGAGAGAGGAGUUUUGGAGUGAGAAGGGGAGUUCUGUAUUAAACGCCGUUAUUUUCGUUGAAUAAACGUGGAGUAGCUAACUUUUUGUAAGAAAAUCUGGGCAGUAUGUGGCAGAGGCGACUGCUGAAGUUUGCUCUGGGACUUGCAGCGGUCUUAUCGGUGUCUGUCAAGGCUGCAGAAGGUGCUGUGGGGGAAAGCGACGCUGACAAAGACGCUGAGCAGAGAGCGAACAGAGCCAAAAGAAGAGGAGGGCAAGAUGUGUUGAAGGGGCCUAAUGUUUGUGGAUCACGCUACAAUGCAUACUGCUGCCCAGGGUGGAAGACCCUCUCUGGGGGGAACCAGUGCAUUGUCCCCAUUUGCCGGAGCUCGUGCGGAGAUGGGUUUUGCUCCAGACCCAAUAUGUGCACUUGCCCCAACGGCCAAAUUUCACCCUCCUGUGGUUCCAAAUCAGUUCAACACUGCAACAUCCGCUGCAUGAAUGGGGGCACCUGUGCGGAGGAUCAUUGCCUGUGUCAGAAAGGAUACAGCGGGGCACACUGUGGACAGCCUGUCUGUGAGAGUGGAUGCUUGAAUGGAGGGAGGUGUGUGGCCCCGAACCGCUGUGCCUGCACCUAUGGCUUCACCGGGGCUCAGUGUGAAAGAGAUUACAGGACGGGGCCCUGCUUCGCCUCAGUGAGCAACCAGAUGUGCCAAGGUCAGCUGACUGGCAUCGUGUGCACCAAAACGCUGUGCUGCGCCACGGUGGGCAGAGCCUGGGGGCACCCCUGCGAGAUGUGUCCGGCGCAGCCCCACCCCUGCCGCCGCGGCUUCAUUCCGAAUCACCGCACAGGAGCUUGUCAAGAUGUGGAUGAAUGCCAGGCUAUCCCUGGGCUCUGUCAAGGAGGAAAUUGCAUUAACACUGUCGGAUCAUUCGAGUGCAAGUGCCCUGCUGGACACAGGUUUAACGAAAUUGCGCAGAAAUGUGAAGAUAUCGAUGAGUGUGCCAACAUCCCAGGCUUGUGCAAUGGAGGUGAAUGUUCAAACACAGUUGGGAGCUACUUCUGCAAAUGUCCGCAAGGAUACUACACUCCCCUGGAUGGGUCCAGAUGCAUAGAUGCCCGGGCUGGAUACUGCUACAACAGCCUGGUGAACGGGCGCUGUGCUGACCAGAGCUCUCAGCUGCUGACCAGAAUGCAGUGCUGCUGCCACACCGGCCGCUGCUGGUCGGACGGGACCAUCACUGAGAUGUGCCCCAUACGUGGAACCGAUGAGUACACGAAGCUGUGCACUCAGAUCCAGCCGGUUGUCCCCGGUGUUCCUGGGGUUCCUGGGAUUCCUGGGGUCCCCGGGGCCCCGGUUGUCCCCGGGGUUCCUGGGGUUCCGGGAAUUCCUGUUGUCCCCGGAGUUCCUCCUAUCCCAGGGGUUCCUGCAAUCCCUGGAGUUCCCAUCUAUCCACAACCACCGCCUGGCCCAGAGCAGCCAAUCCCACUGCCCCCCAGACAGCCCAUUCCAGUCCAGCCCCUGCCCGGGCCACCAAUUAUUCAGACGCAGAACAUCACAAACAUGUGCGAGGCUUUCAGGAACCUGUGUCAGAAUGGACGCUGUAUCCCUAUACCCAGAAGCUACCGCUGCGAGUGUAACAUGGGCUUCAAGCUGGACGCCAGGGGAGAGUGUGUCGACGAUGACGAGUGCGAGCGGAGCCCUUGCGUGCACGGCGAGUGCGUCAACACGGCCGGCUCCUACUUCUGCCAGUGCCCCCCGGGCUUCCAGAGCACCGCCACCAGGACCGAGUGCCGAGAUCUGGAUGAGUGCGUGGCCAACGGGCGCAUCUGCAACAACGGCCGCUGCGUCAACACUGCGGGCAGCUUCCACUGCGUCUGCAACGCCGGCUUUGAGAUCUCCGCCGACGGGAAGAACUGCCAAGACCAAGACGAAUGCCUCAUCAGAAACAUGUGCUUGAAUGGGAUGUGCAUCAACGAGGACGGCAGCUUCAAGUGCAUCUGCAAGCCGGGCUUCUACCUGGACCCCACCGGCCGCCUCUGCCUGGACAUUGAUGAGUGCGAAACCCAGGGCAUGUGCAUGAACGGACACUGCGUCAACACCGAGGGCUCCUUCCGGUGCGACUGCAUGCCCGGCCUGGCGGUGGGGCUCGACGGCCGCGUUUGCGUGGACACACAUAUGCGCAGCACAUGUUACGGGGGUUACAAGAGGGGACAGUGCGUGAGACCCUUCUUCGGCGCGGUCACCAAGUCGGAGUGUUGCUGUGCCAACCUCGAGUAUGCGUUCGGAGAGCCGUGUCAGCCGUGCCCACCACAGAGCUCAGCUGAAUUCCUGGCUCUCUGCAGUCAUGGGAUCGGCACUACAACUGAUGGCAGAGAUAUAAAUGAAUGUGCUUUGGAUCCAGACCUAUGUCAAAAUGGAGUGUGUGAGAACAUGUUAAGAACCUACAAGUGCAAUUGCAACACUGGAUUUGAGGUCGAUCUGUCUGGGAAGACUUGUGUCGAUAUCGAUGAAUGCGCCAUUAACAGGCUUCUCUGUGAGAACGGCCUGUGCAGAAACACUCCCGGCAGCUUCACCUGCCACUGCCAGAAGGGCUUCGUCUUUCACCCAGAGACUGACGUGUGCGAAGAUAUCGACGAAUGUGAGUCCAACCCCUGCGUGAAUGGGGAGUGUAAGAAUAGCCCGGGGGCCUUUGUCUGCCUGUGUCCGACGGGCAGUACCCUGGACAGCUCUGAGACACAAUGUGUGGAAACCACAAAGGGAACGUGCUGGCUGAAGGUUAUCAACGACCGGUGCGAGAUCAACAUUAACGGAGCCACGCUCAAGUCCCACUGCUGCGCCACAAUGGGCGAGGCAUGGGGCAGCCCGUGCGCCAAGUGCGAGCCAGAUCCUAUAUGCAGUAAGGGGUAUGCCAGAGUUAGAGGGACCGUUUGCGAAGAUGUGAAUGAGUGUGAAGUGUUUCCUGGAGUGUGCAUCAACGGGAAGUGUGUAAACACAGUGGGAUCUUUUAUUUGCCAGUGUCCCACUGGAAUGACUGUGGACGCCAGUGGUAGAACAUGCAUCGACAUGCGUACUGAGCAGUGCUUUCUGAGCCACGUGGAUGAGCGCUGCGCCGCCCCCAUCCCGGGCAAGCACCGCGUCGACGCCUGCUGCUGCUCGGUGGGUGUGGCCUGGGGCCCAGAGUGCGACGAGUGUCCCGAGAGAGGCACCCCCGAGUUCAACCAGCUGUGCCCCCGCGGCCCCGGCUUCUCCCACAGGGGCGACUUCAUCAACGGCAAGCCCUUCCUCAAAGACAUAAACGAGUGCAAAAUGAUACACAGCCUGUGCACAAACGGGAGGUGCAGGAACACCAUUGGCAGCUUCAGGUGCAAGUGCGACAGCGGCUUUGCCCUGGACUCGGAUGAAAGGAACUGCACCGAUAUCGACGAGUGCCGGAUCUCGCCGGACCUGUGCGGGCGGGGCACCUGCGUCAACACGUUGGGGGACUUCGAGUGCGAGUGCUUCCAGGGCUACGAGAGCGGCUUCAUGAUGAUGAAGAACUGCAUGGAUAUUGACGAGUGUGAACGGAACCCGCUGCUCUGCCGGGGCGGCGAGUGUGUGAACACCGACGGCAGCUUCCAGUGCAUCUGCCCCGAGGGUCACGAGAUCGCCCUGGACGGAUCGGCCUGCCUGGACAUCAACGAGUGCGAAUUAAGCGAUAAACUGUGCAAGAAUGGAAGAUGUGUAAACUUGAUUGGCCGCUAUCAGUGCUCCUGUGAUACUGGAUACAAGUCCACAGAAGACAGGCUGGCCUGCGUUGACAUCGAUGAGUGCACCAUUCAGAACGGUGGGUGUGAGGCCUUCUGCACCAACUCAGAGGGCAGCUAUGAAUGCAGCUGUCGCAGUGGCUACGCCCUGAUGCCAGACCAGAGGAGCUGCACAGAUAUUGAUGAGUGCGAAGAGAAUCCAGAUAUCUGUGAUGGAGGUCAAUGCACCAACAUCCCCGGCGAAUACCAGUGUUUGUGCUUCGAUGGGUUCAUGUCCUCCGAAGACAUGAAGACCUGCCUUGAUGUUGACGAGUGCGAGCUCAAUCCCAACAUCUGCCUGAGUGGGAACUGCGAGAACACCAAGGGUUCCUUCAUCUGUCACUGCGACCUGGGCUACUCUGUCCGGAAAGGAACGACAGGCUGUACAGAUAUCAACGAGUGCGAGAUCGGGGCUCAUAACUGCGACAGACACGCCACUUGCACCAACACAGCCGGAAGCUUCAAGUGUAAAUGUAUGCCGGGCUGGAUCGGCAAUGGGAUUAAAUGCACAGACCUGGACGAGUGCUCCAACGGCACCCACAUGUGCAGCAGCAACGCGGACUGCAGGAACACCAUGGGCUCCUACCAGUGUCAGUGCAAGGAGGGCUUCACCGGCGAUGGCUUCUUCUGCACAGACACUGACGAAUGUGCGGAGGACGUGAACCUGUGCGAGAACGGGCACUGUCUGAACCUGCCGGGCGGGUACCGCUGCGAGUGCGACAUGGGCUUCAUCCCCACCCCUGACGGCAAGGCCUGUGAGGACAUAGAUGAGUGCACCUUCGCGGACAUCUGUGUCAACGGGAGGUGCCACAACACGCCGGGCCUAUUCAGGUGCGAGUGUCACCCUGGGUACGAGUUAGACAGAAGCGGAGGAAACUGCACAGAUUACAACGAGUGCGCCGAUCCAACGACUUGCAUCAGCGGGCUCUGCAUCAACACCCCUGGCAGCUACAUCUGCGAGUGUCCCCCCGACUUCGAGCUCAACCCAACCCGCGUUGGCUGCGUGGAUACUCGAUCUGGCAACUGCUACCUGGACGUGCGGUCCCGGGGUGAUGCCUCAGAGAGCCUGGACUGCUCCAACGAGAUCGGCGUAGGGGUGUCCAAGGCCUCAUGCUGCUGCUCCCUGGGGCAGGCCUGGGGGACCCCCUGUGAAGCCUGCCCCCCUCUCAACUCCUCUGAGUACAGAACCCUGUGUCCGGGAGGAGAGGGGUUCCGACCCAACCCCAUCACGGUCAUUCUGGAAGACAUCAACGAGUGCCAGGAGCUCCCAGGCUUGUGCCAAGGAGGAGAUUGCAUUAACACGUUCGGGAGCUUUCAGUGCGAGUGUCAGAGGGGUUUUGCUCUCAACGAAGACACGAGGGUCUGCGAAGAUGUGAAUGAGUGUGAGCAUCCUGGGAUUUGCGGUCCAGGCCAGUGUUACAACACCAUUGGGAACUACACCUGCAUCUGUCCUCCAGAUUACAUGCAAGUCAAUGGUGGAAACAACUGCAUGGACAUGCGGAGGAGUCUGUGCUACAGGAACUACUACUCUGACAACGGCACGUGUGAUGGAGAGCUGACCUUCAACAUGACUAAGAAGAUGUGCUGCUGCUCCUACAAUAUUGGACGUGCCUGGAACAAACCCUGCGAACAGUGCCCUGUCCCAAGCACCAAUGAGUUUGCCAUCCUGUGUGGCAGUGAGAGACCAGGAUACUACAUUGACAUUUACACCGGACAGGUUGUAGACAUCGAUGAGUGCAGGGAGAUCCCGGGCGUGUGCGAGAACGGCGUGUGCAUCAACAUGAUCGGCAGCUUCAGGUGCGAGUGUCCCAUGGGCUUCAUCUACAACGACAAGCUGCUCAUCUGUGAAGACAUCGACGAGUGCCAGAACGGACCAGUGUGCCAGCAGAACGCCGCCUGCCUCAACCUUCCUGGAAGUUACCGCUGCGAGUGCAAGCCUGGCUACCGAUUCACCCCCACCGGCCAGUGUCUUGACCGCAAUGAAUGCAUUGAGAACCCCGGUAUAUGCAGUCCAGGGCAGUGCAUUGACACGGUGGGAAGCUACCGCUGCAUCUGCCCCAAUGGAUUCAAGGCAACUGCAGAUUCAUCCAUGUGCAUUGAUGUGGAUGAGUGUGAGAGGCAGCCAUGCGGAAACGGGACAUGCAAAAACACAGUGGGCUCAUACAACUGCCUGUGCUACCCUGGCUUCCAGCUCUCCCACAACAACGACUGCAUAGAUACGGACGAGUGUGCCACGCAGAGGGGCCUGUGUCGGAAUGGGAACUGCAUCAACACGGUGGGCUCCUUUGUGUGCCUGUGUCGCGAUGGCUAUGAGCUCACAGCCGACGGCAGAAUCUGCGCGGAUAUCAAUGAGUGUGUGGUAAGUCCUGGAACAUGCGGCCCUGGAACCUGUCAGAACCUGGAUGGCUCCUACAGAUGCAUUUGCCCAUUGGGGUACUACAUAAUCGAUGACAAGUGCAAAGACAUUGAUGAGUGUGCCCAGAGCCCAGAUAUCUGUGUGUUUGGCACCUGCACCAACACAGAAGGUAGUUUUAAGUGCGAGUGUCCUGAGGGAUUCCAGCUUUCUUCCUCUGGGAGGAGGUGUAUGGACAUCCGCGUCAACUACUGUUAUACCAAGUUCGAAAACGGGAGAUGCCUGGCGCCCAAACCUCUCAACACCACCAAGGAGGACUGCUGCUGUAGUGCCAUGCCAGGGCAGGGGUGGGGUGACCCCUGUGAAAUCUGCCCCACCCCAAAUGAAGACUUGUUUGCUUUGCUCUGCCAUUCACUCGGCCAGAAGAUCGGUCCAAAUGACUACCCUAUUGAUAUUGAUGAGUGCACAACGAACCCCAACAUCUGUAACAACGGUCUGUGCAUCAACACAGACAGAUCGUUCCGCUGCGAGUGUCCCUUCGGUUUCCGACUGGACUACACCGGUGUCAAUUGCGAGGAUACUAACGAGUGUGACCUGGGUAACCCCUGUGGCAAUGGCACCUGCACCAAUGUCGUUGGGGCUUUCGAGUGCACCUGUGACGAAGGCUUUGAGCCUGGUCCUAUGAUGAUGUGUGAAGAUGUGAAUGAGUGUGCUCAGAACCCCCUGCUCUGCGCCUUCCGCUGCGUCAACACCGUGGGCUCCUACGAGUGCAAAUGCCCCGCGGGCUACGUGCUGAGAGAGGACCGGAGAAUGUGCAGAGACCAGGACGAGUGUGAGGACGGCAUUGACGACUGCGAGUCCCGAGGGAUGACCUGCAAGAAUCUGAUUGGCACGUACAUGUGUAUCUGUUCCCCGGGAUACGUCCGGCAGCCCAACGGGGAGGGCUGCAUGGACCUGAACGAGUGCGCUACCAAGCCAGGAAUCUGUCAGAAUGGCCGCUGUGAGAACACAAUCGGCAGCUACCGGUGCAAGUGCGACCAGGGCUUCAGUCCAAGCCCCACACAGACAGAAUGCAUUGACAACAGGCAGGGCUUCUGCUUCACUGAGGUGCUGCAGACCCUCUGCCAGAUGACCUCCAGCAGCCGCAACAGUGUCACCAAGUCCGAAUGCUGCUGUGACGGUGGGCGCGGCUGGGGGGCCAACUGCGAGCUGUGCCCCCUGCCCGGCACCACCCAGUACAAGAAGAUGUGCCCGCUGGGCCCAGGAUACACCACUGAUGGCAAAGACAUUGAUGAGUGCCGUGUCAUGGGCAACCUGUGCCGCAAUGGGCAGUGCGUGAACACCCUUGGCUCCUACAACUGCAUAUGCAAGCCAGGGUACGCCACAGACAUCAGCGGGACCACAUGCGUGGACGUGGACGAGUGCGCCCAGGCGCCGAAGCCGUGCAACUUCAUCUGCAAGAACACGGACGGGGGCUACCUGUGCUCCUGCCCCAGGGGGUACCUCCUGCAGGAAGACGGCAAGAGCUGCCGAGACCUCGACGAGUGCUCCACCAAACAGCACAACUGCCAGUUCCUGUGUGUCAACACCAUCGGGGGUUUCACCUGUAAAUGCCCGCCCGGGUUCACCCAGCACCACACCGCCUGCAUCGACAAUAACGAGUGCGCCACCGACCCCAGCCUGUGCGGCUCUAACGGCGUGUGCCAGAACAGCCCGGGCAGCUUCAACUGCGAGUGCCAGCGCGGCUUCUCCCUGGACCCCACCGGCCAGAGCUGCGAAGACAUGGAUGAGUGCGACGGAAACCAUCGCUGUCAGCACGGCUGCCAGAACCUGGUUGGCGGGUACCGGUGCAGCUGUCCCCAAGGCUACCUCCAGCACUACCAGUGGAACCAGUGUGUGGAUGAAAACGAGUGCCAGAACAGCCAGAUCUGCGGCGACGCCUCGUGCCACAACACGCUGGGGAGCUACCGCUGCCUGUGCCCCGCGGGCUUCAGCUUUGAGCAGUUCAGCGGGGGCUGCCGGGACGUCAACGAGUGCUCGUCCCCCCAGAACCCCUGCAGCUACGGCUGCUCCAACACCGACGGGGGGUACCUGUGCGGCUGUCCGCCUGGCUAUUAUAGGGCGGGCCAAGGGCACUGCGUCUCAGGGCUGGGCUUCGGGAGCGGGGCCUCAGGGCCUGUUCAGGGUGGAGAAUCGGACGAUAACUCCCUCUCUCCUGAAGCCUGCUACGAGUGCAAAAUCAACGGCUAUCCAAAGAAGGGCAGGAAACGCAGAAGCACCAAUGGAACAGAAGUUGCGCUUCUGGGAGAAUCAGAGAGUGAGCAAGAGACCAUCAGCCUGGCCAGUGUGGACAUCGAUGACACCAUUCUGUUCAACUUCAACAUCAGUGACCUAAACAACAAAGACCACAUCCUGGAGUUCAUCCCAGCUCUCUCCACCCUAACCAACCACGUCCGCUACACCAUUGACUUUGGGAAUGACGAAGGCCUCUUCAAGAUCAACCAGAAGGAAGGAAUAAGCUACCUUCACUUAACCAAGAAGAAACUGUUCCCCGGAGCGUACUAUUUACAAAUCAGCAGCGUGCCAUUGUACAGAAAGAAAGAACUGGCCCAGCUCGAGGACAAGCAUGAGAAAGACUACCUCACGGGACAGCUAGGGGGAGCACUGAAAAUGAAAGUGCAGAUCGUCCUCCAUUAGCAGAACCAGGAGAAGGCAGAAAAGCACUCAGCGCCAAAGAAACGAAGGGACUGCGUCGUUGAUUCCCAAAGACGAUUCUACAUAUCACCGAUACGAUCUCUUUGUCGUGUGUAAAAGUGCGAAGUAAAAAAUAAAAAAUAAUAAAAGCGCAGCUGCAUGUUCAGAAAGCUAAGAGUGAAAAGAAAAAAAAGAACAAAAGGAAAAAAAAAAGCAGGAAAAAAAGCGUGAAAUCAAUUUCCCCAAAUCGACCACGUUCUCAGGCUUUGUACGAAAAGCUCUUCUCUGAAUAAGGCUUUAUAUGACGAUAUGUUGAGCCCUCCCAUUCUCAGCGGCGCGUGUAAAUUUGAAGGUGGCACCGAUGCUGAGAAUGUUCACCGCUUCGCAGAAGCUGAAGAUUUUUUUUUUGUUGUUCGGGGCUUGAAGGACUGUUUUUUCCCGUAACUUUUUCUCUCCGUCCUUUCAGUUGAGAUAGAUCAGCGUUUUCUUGUAUUACCUGGUGCUCGUAACGUGACAUCUUAGAUUUAUAAAUGCACUGUAAUAUUUUACACACACGGUAGCCAAAAAAAAAGAAACAACAAAAAAAGCAACUUCUCUGCUGUUUCAAGAUUUCAAGUUACUUUGCAACCAACCAAAGUUAACUCAAUAGCCUUUCUGUUCUGUUAUGCCUUAAACUACAUGUAAAUUAAGUGUGUUUAUACUGUAAUCAUGCCACUUUUUUAAUCAUGGAAGCAUUUGUAAACUAGAUAAAGCCCUGUAUGGAAGGGUUUUGUAAUGGUGCUUAUAAUGACCAACUACUUCUUUUUAAUUGUAUACACCAUUCUGAUGAUGAUGCAAUAUCUGUGACUUAAUAAUUAUGCACUGAGGCCCUCAGGGCCACACACAUUCUCGCAAUUACGAUCAGUGCCGUCACCCCGUGUGGGUGACGUUAAUGAAACCAUCUUUCAGUACCAGUGUCUGUUCACAUCAAUGAGGGUUUAGUUUCAGUAAAUUCACAAUAAAAAACAUAUUUUUGGUU